GCGCCGGCCCGCGCGCCCCUUGGGGCCGCCCCCGCAUCCCGCUCGCCGGCGUCUGGCGCUCAUGAUGAUGAAGAAGAAGAAGUUUAAGUUUAAGGUGGACUUCGAGCUGGAAGAGCUCUCCUCGGUGCCCUUCGUCAAUGGGGUCCUCUUCUGCAAGAUGCGGCUGCUGGACGGCGGCAGCUUCACCGCAGAGUCCCCCAGGGAAGUGGUACAAGCAAACUGUGUUCACUGGAGGAAGAAGUUCUCGUUUAUGUGCAAAAUGAGUGCAAGCGCCGCGACUGGCAUCCUGGAUCCUUGUAUCUACAGAGUAUCUGUGAGGAAGGAAUUGAAAGGUGGAAAAGCUUAUGCAAAGCUGGGCUUUGCAGAUCUAAACCUGGCAGAGUUCGCUGGAUCAGGAAAUACCACUCGUCGCUGUUUACUGGAAGGCUAUGAUACCAAAAAUACAAGACAGGAUAAUUCCAUUCUUAAAGUUUUGAUCAGUAUGCAGCUGAUGUCUGGUGACCCAUGUUUUAAAACGCCUCCUUCUACAUCGAUGUCUAUACCAAUUGCUGGUGAAUCUGAAUCUCUGGAAGAAGACAGAAAAGGUGGAGAGACUCUCAAAAUCCAUCUCGGAAUAGCAGAUAUUUCAGCAAAGAGUGCCUCUGUUCCAGAUGAACUUGGUGCCUGUGGACAUUCUAGAACAUCAAGCUAUGCAAGCCAACAGUCAAAAGUAUCAGGGUAUAGCUCCUGCCACUCCCGGUCAUCCAGUUUCUCGGAGCUCUGCCACAGGAGAAACACCUCAGUGGGAAGCACGUCAACAGGCAUUGAAAGCAUUCUAGAGCCCUGUGAUGAAAUUGAGCCAAAAACAGCCGAACCAAACCUUGAUCUAGCCGGCAAAGAAGAUACGGCUUCAGACCAGCUCACAAGAUGCCCAGUGAAGCAAGAUUCUGUAGAAUCUCAACUGAAGCGAGUUGAUGACACCAGAGUGGAUGCAGAUGAUAUUGUGGAGAAAAUACUCCAGAGUCAAGACUUCAGCCUAGAUUCCAGUGCGGAAGAAGAAGGCCUGAGGUUAUUUGUGGGACCUGGGGGAAGUACGACCUUUGGCAGCCAUCAUCUUCCAAAUAGAGUCGGGUCUGGAGCUUAUGAGCAAGUCGUGAUCAAACGCUAGCAGUCAAACUCCUGAACUGGAGCUUCCCUGGGGCUCUGAGAAAUGGGCAGUCAAGCUGUUGAGGCACCUCAUUCAAGCACGUUCCUCUGUUAAGAUGAAAGCCAUCACCGAUUUCUUCUUGGAAAGUGCCCACUACCAUCCUGUCCCACCCACCGAAAAAGAACAUCAGAACUGGAGCACCUACGGGCUGGGCCACAUGUCGCUAGUGGCACAUGGCUUCUGCGGUCACCGCACAGGAUAAUGAAAAGCCUGCUUUUCCUUUCAGAAUAGCCAGGUGGGGAAAGCAGCGCUAUACACCCAAGUAUAGUUCUGUAUAAAACCUGCAGUAGAGGUGUUCAACAGGUUUGGGCUCUAAUUAUAUCAUUUUAAUGUUCCAGGAGGUAAUAAGUGAAUCAUCUGAAUCCUAUAAAUUCUGUCAAAAUAGUUAUAAUCUCUUAAGGAAAUCUUCCAUGUUCUAUCCUACCUACAGUAUUGUACUGCUAAUUAACUCUUCUUGAUUGAGUCAUUGAUAUAAAGUUUGGGUAUUCGUGCUUGGGGGAAAAUGUUAUACUACAACUUAAACGUGUAGAGUGCAUAAUUCUCACUGUAUCCGUCACAAAUGGAGUAAGUGUGUUUAAGUCUGAGAUAUGUGAAUGAGUGUAAUGCCAUUAUUAUGCAACACGUAUUGUUACUAGUUAAUGUUAGAUGAGCUGCAGAACUAUAGUUGAGAUUCCAGGUAAGUUUCAUGUUUAAUAGGUUAGGCUCCCAUAAGGCACCUUAAGAGCUGUUCUAACUGAAUACUAUCUGCUGGUUUCAGGAGUCAGCAUUCAGGACAGGAGGAAAAUUGUAGCAUGGUCAGAAACAGUAGCCUUUUCUGUUUUAAGUUCAGACUUCUAUCUGAAACUGAAAAUUAUUCCAAGGAGGUGGCAGAUAAAACCGGGGACAGCUGCUUGACAUUACUGACACGGACUCGUGGUUUCCUAUUUUAAACUCCCCGCAGAGGGAUACUAUUUUUUUUUUCUUUACUGUAACAGUAGUUGUUUUGAGACAGUAGGAUAUGACAUAAUCCAAUAUAGCUUUAAAAGUAAGAAUAUCUGCUCUGGAUGCAGUUUAACAAGCUCAGCAGACAGAUCAUCUUUUUAUCAGAUGGGAUGUUUUUCUGGUCUUAAAUAAAAAGUUUUAAUGUUCUUGGAGUCACUCAGUCACUGAAGAAAAAUGCAGAUUCUCUAGAACCACUAAUUCCCAGUCCUUCCUUUCAAAACUGUGUCCAGAAAAAAAAUACGAUACGUUAGAAUAACUUUGGCCUAGGUGAACCAUUUUUGUGUUGGCAACGUAAAGGGAAAAUAUAUUAAGAAAAUUAUUUCAAUGUCCAAAUGUAGAGCUUUGGAAAAUUUUGAGUAGUUCCUGUUAGGGUUUUAGGUUUAUUAACAUUUCAAGGAUUAGGUAUUCUACAUUAAUCCGGUUCUAAUACAAACAGAUGUUUUUUAAAAGGUGAAACCCCAUGUUGGAAUCUUUUGAAUGUUGAGAGAGAGCUUGAGUCAUUAGUAAUACUUUUGUUAUUUUGGCAGGAAGAAAAUUGACCUGACCAUUUUAGUCUAACCAAGGAAACCGUUGGCUUAAGUGGUAAAGACUUGCUUGUUCUCUGUGAUUAAUAAAUGAGCUGAUCCAUCCAUAUAUAUUAUUGGGGGGAACUCAAAGUUUUUAAUAGAGAUAUGAAACUAGUGUUUACACAUAUUUAUGACAUGUUUUAAGAACAUAUUUUUCUAUUUUUAAAAUAUUACUUCUAGGCUAUAUUUUUUAUUGGCACUUAUGCAAAUGAUUUUGCCGUUUUGGAAAUGAUAAAAACUAUUGACUGUAAGUGAGGUUCAGUGAGGACAUUCUUCAAUAUGUAAAAGGUCCUGUAAUUCAGACAUUGCCCAUCUUAUCCUUGCCUGCCCUCGGCCUGAUACCUUUAUACAAGACUGGCUCUCAGUAUUUAAAACGAUAUAGAAUUAUUUUUAAAAAAUAAAAUGUGGAGAUCUUGAAAAGCAUAAAAAUCUUGCCUUUGUAACUUUAGCAGCCACCAGAUACAUCUUGAUUUAUGUAGUAGGAAAUAAUUUUAAUAGAAACAUUGAUGAGGGAAAAGUCAGCACAAGUCUGGAUUCAUUUUUUGUGUGGCAUUGGUGGGCAUACUUUGCAAUCACAUUUAUUUGCAGCCCUCUGGAAAUAUUUGUUAAAGUUUGCUUAAAUAUCUGCCUUACUUCUCCGUUUUUUCUUAGAGCAUGUACUGUGGAGCUAUAUUUGAACAAUGUAGCUAUUUUUAAAAAUUGCUUUUUAAAUACCAAGUGCACUUUUGGUUCCAUUUGGAGUUGAGAAAAUUUUGGAUUCGAAAAAUUAGAUCUUAAUAUUGGUCUUUAAAUAUUAAAGUCAAAUUUCAGAUCACCCAGUCUUGGAGAAUUUGCAAAUCUGUAACAUUGUUUUUGUCUAAUCCUAUCCUAGAGAAGGAUUAAUGGUAUAUUAAAGCUAUUUAUUUGUGGUCAGAUAAGGAAGUCUCAAAUAUUCUGUUUGGGGGAAAUACAGAGGCUGGUCAGAAGCCCACUUCCUGUGGCUGGAGCUGGUAACUGAGACCAGAGGAUAUCAGGGGUAGCAUGGGCAAAGCAGCCCUGGGCCAUCAAUUUGCAUUUUGAUGGUUGUCUCCCCUUUGUGGUGUGGAAGGCUUCCAUAUUCAGCAACUGUAGUGGAUUAGUACUUACCUGAGAAAGCCUUGACGAAGAAUCCCAAGGUCCACCACUUAGCCCAUUUGUUACUAAAAGGAAAACAAAUCUUCAGCUAACCUCCAACCAAAGCAUAAGACAUCCAGAAGUGAGUUUAGUAAUUUUAGACUGAGAUUGCCACGUCAACUAGACCACUUUGCAAACUCAAGCUAACAGUAUUAAGUAUUUAAGUACUCUGAAGUGUCAGGCUACGUUAAGACUUUAAUAAUGCUUAAAAGGCUUAUAUGAUGGGGUUGCAUUUUAUUUUAACAGGUCUAACUGGGACUGUUCAGAAAUUAUACUCAGUCAUUUCUCUUAGAUGGUACGUCAUGUGAAUAUAUUCAAGUACUGUAAUUGAAAUUAUUAAUGCCCGUGUCUGUGUUGGCUUAGGUACUAUGCAUAACUUUAAUAGCUGAGAUGUUUAAAAAUAUAAAGUCUAAAAAUAUAAAGGAUGAAGUAAGUUUAAAUACUACUCUGGAAAUUAAGGCCUUAUUACCUUAUAUACGUGAUCUUUCCUAAGAGAAUAUAUACACAGUGUAUUUUAAAUAGUGAUGUGAGUGGUAUGUAGCUACUCCUUAUAUAACAAGGCUGGCAAAUUUUUAUUAUUUACGACAAUGUGGUCUGCAUUUACAAAUGUUUACGUUCAUCAUAUAUAUAUAUAUAUAUAUAUAUAAAAAACAAAAUUCUCUGAUAUUCAUUGACCAAAUCCCUUGCAGAGGAAUACUUAGGAUAUAUUGUUUGAUUGUUUUUUGGAAAUACAUCUUAUUUUGGAAGUUGAUACAACUUGUGGGUAAUCAUGUAAAUGUUUAUGAAAAAAAUUGUUAUGGAAGUGAUUCCAUUAGUAUUGUUCUAAUACUUGGAAAAUGACCUUCAUAUUUAUAUAUUUGUUUUACUGUAUAAUUAUAAAUCCCAGAAAUUUUUUUUACAAAAAAAUUUAUUGUAUUUGUAAUAAUGUAAAGGUGAAUCUUAUACCUGUUCAAUAAAAAUCAUCUUAAACUUUAUAAUGUGAAAAUAAAAAGGCAGACAUUAAACUUUAUAAUGUGUAUACUU